UGUUUACUUUACUAACUUACUUUGACUUUUACUUUAUCAAAUAUCAAAACCAAACGAAUUAUUGGAUUAAUUUGUUUGAUUGUGAUUCGGAUUCAGUUUCAGAUAGCGAGAGAGUUUAGUUUGUUGUGGUAUUGUGUAAAUACAUAAACUUAUUUUUUGAGCAAAAGAAAAGAAAUACCGAUUACUUACAGAGACCUUGUCAUAGGUAUCUAACUUACCGGUAUCUGUGGUAGUUGCCAGUUACCCUAGUUGGCCAACAAGAACAAACAAAAAGAAGUUUAAUUUACUACCAGUGAAUAUGCCGAGCGAUCAAAUUCAAUAUUCUGACAGAUAUUCGGACGGAAAAUAUGAAUACAGACAUGUUAUUCUUCCAAGUGAUCUGGCUAAGAACGUCCCUAGAAAUCAUUUGAUGACUGAGACAGAAUGGAGAAACCUAGGAGUCCAACAGUCCCCUGGAUGGAUCCACUAUAUGAUUCACAUGCCUGAACCUCAUAUUCUGCUCUUCAGGAGGAUGCGCACGGAUAUCAAUCAAACUGCGCCAUGUAUGGUCACGUUUCCAAAUUCUGUUUCUGUUGCUUAGCUGAUUAUUGAACUGUUCGGUUUGAAUUUAAAUUCUAUUAUUUUAUAAUAUAAAAGUCAUUUAUACAUACUGAAGAGAGAUUGUUAUUUUUAUAAGUAUAUAAAAUAUUUUGUAAGUUA